AGGAAUUUAUUUCUUUCGUGUAGAAUUGCGCGAAUUGUAAAACAAGAAGGUUAUUAAAGCAGUGAACGAUUUCCGUUUCCAGUGGAUUGGUCGUAAAAUGAACUUCAGUAUUUAUUGAAAAGGUUUUCAUUGGUUUUCAUGCAUCUGUAAGUCCUAUUGUACUGUUUAUGAACAACCUCUGAGUAGACAUAAAGGGCUCUAUUCAUGAGAAAAUCAGAGGCCCGAUGGUUUGAACAGUAUAUACGACGGAGAGAGAUUGAAAGGUAUUUAUAUAAGCUUGAGCGCUCAGAACAGAAGGAGGACGGAUAAACAACCAGGCCAUUUUGUUGUACUGGCAGCACCGAAAACGCGUUAGCUCUUUGACACCUUAGUCUUGUUCUUAACUUUGUGGUUUCAAAUAAAGAAAUCUCAUUUGUCGUUAAGGAAACCCGAGAAUGGAAACAGAAACAGUCGACCCAGGAGUCAGAAAUGUCACAAAACCGACAAGGAAGAUAUCGACAGAUACGAAAUACCAUCCACCAUUAGGACCAACUAGGAAGAUAUCGAACAUGAUGCUGGCGAGUGACGCUUUCAGGGAUGUGAUCCAGCCAAGAGGUGGUAGAAAAAUUAGCAGCAGUAUUUUUCACCAUUUUCAACAUAAAGUAUCGGAAGAGGCAAUGGAAGCCAAGAUAAACAAAGAAAAAAUAGAAAACACGUACAAACUUGAGCCUGAUAUGACAUUUCCUUAUUGCCGUGUACGAGAGAUUAUAACUGAAACAUUGAAGCGACAUUUGGAUGGAAUGGACUACGAUCAAAAGGAGUCUCCACUUCAAGCAAAGAUUAUAUCUGAUGAUAUUAAAUCGAAAGUGAAAGCAUUGAGCAUUGACAGAUACCGUGUUAUAUGUCUAGUGCACAUAGGAAGUGAUACAGGUCAGGAAAUGAGGUUUGUUAGCCGAGCACUGUGGAACCCAGGGGUAGACACUUUUGCCACAUCGGAGUUCAAAACGGGAAAACUCUUCGCAGUAGCAACUGUAUUUGCUGUUUAUUUUGAGUAAACUACCAAUGGAAACUGUUUUUUUCUAUAUUUUCUUUCAAGAUAAUUCAUUUGCGUCUUGUGGUCUCCAAGGAUAAAAUUUUCCUCCGUUGUUGCCUUGGUGACGACGGUGAUAGACGCAAAUCGCGAUUUUAUGAUCCAAAUGGAGGAUGUAGUAAAUUGCUUAUAAAAUUUGCUCGCAUUGUUUCUUUGACAAA